UAACUCCAAGAACGGCCAUUCUUGGUUGUGAGCACACAGGUGUCACAGCUCUUCGGUGAUCAUGAAUCUUUGGACGUUGCUGUUCCUGGCGAUACUGGCGGGACCUGAUAUCGCCCUGACGACGGACCUGCCCCGAACGGAAGAACCCAUCAUCCUCCCGCCCGUUAAAGAAGGACCCGAAGCCGCCCUUCUCGUCGUACCCGGGGCUUACAUCAAUGCCCAGUACUACCAACCUUUAGGGGAAGCCAUACAGGCGGCUUCUCCUCUGCGACUGUGGGUGGGUCUCGUCCGCCCAUUCCCGCUCGAUCUCCCGAAUCCGAUAAGUCUCAUCCCGGCUCUGAACACGACGAUGCAGAUGUUGAGGGACCGAGGGAUGACGACAGAAGACGUCUUCCUCUCCGGACACUCUCUCGGAGGCACGGUGCUGCAGAACAACCAAUGGUCUCGAGACAACGGUGUGCUGGCGUGGAUCAUGCUGGCAUCCUACAUCCCCGAAGGAAAUCUCGCUAACAACACGUUUCCAGUCAUGCACAUCAGCGGUGACCUAGAUGGCAUGACCCGAAUCACUCGUAUCAUGAGCACUUUCGUAGAACUCGAGGCUCUGACUGAGCAAACUCCCGAGAGUAUAUACGAAAACCCAGUCAUCGUUUUGGAAGAUGUAGACCAUAUGCACUUUGCGUCAGGCGAUCCUCCGCCGCUCGUGGCCAAAGAAGAUAUCCUGUCUCCUAUGGCUCAGGGUGAUGCCCAGUCUUUGAUUGCAAGGCAUGUUGCAAGCUACUUGACCGUAAUAAGUGGACAACCAGAGGAUGAAGUGCCACUGGCUCGGGAAGUUUUAUCGGAGGCCUUCAAAAGCACGAAGAAAAUGAUGCAGCCUUUGAAGUACUUGAAAGAUUACUCUGAGGGAAAUGAGGGAAAUGGUAUUAGCAAUCCCUGGUCACAGGAUGGUCAGAGAAUCAUAUCAGCUGUUUUAGAGCAGUAUCGUGAAUCGUUACAGAUUAAUGACACGAUUUACGACACCGUCACUGCAUUGGCAGCAUCAAAGCCCCAUCUAGAGGUGGUUGGAGAAAAAGCUGUUGUGAAUACCUGUUCCCACGUUUACCCUCAUAGCAUCCUGACGUCGCUUGGAGAUCUCGCUGCUUCUGAAAUCGGAGCCAAAUUCAAGAGUAGAGAAGCAAUCAUGGAAGCUCUACAGCCUUUGGGAGUUGAAUUUGGAGACAUGGCUACGUGUAAAGAAGUAAACCAGGCGGCUUUUGAACUGGCCUUCAACUGGACAUCAGACAUCUCACGCUCAAGGUUCGAAUCACGGGGAGGCCAAGUGACGUUUCAUGAGGACAUCGAGAAGACCACAGGCUCUGGGUGGCUGUAUUCACAGCUGAACUACAACCUCACUCUCAACGAUCUGGAAGUGACUUCGCCCUCCUUAGUAACCAGCGUCGACGUCGGCCUAGGUCUCGGAGGGAUGCAUUACUGCAAGCUUCUGGCGCCAAGUCGCGCCCUCGAGUACAUAAUGAUCGACAGCCUGAAGCACACUGAGCCCGUGUAGCGUGUAGGGCGUGUUUUAUCAAACGUGACAAAUUAUCCGCAGCUACACUUUC